GCACCGCACAGAACAGUUGAUUCAAAGAAAGCACACCAUUCAGCAGCCCUGCUGCUGGUGUGGCCAUACUUUAAUUUGCUUCAACCCUGCUGGUGUUUGUAGACAAAUAGUGGUAGGCCUUUAACGCAACGAAACCCGCCAACGGCCAAGUUAUACAUCGUGGAACAGAGUGCUGCAUGAAUUGGUGCAGAUAUCGACAACAGCUAUGGGUAAACUACAAAAUCCAGCAAAAGUGGCUUUGCGACAGCAACUGAAAACAGUUAUGAGCAAUAUGAGUAGUACCGCUCGGAUCACGCAAUCGAAAAUUAUUGCAAAUAAGGUUCAGCAGCUGCCGUUCUACCAUGACAGCCAAAGGAUAUGCAUCUACUUGAGCACCGAACGAGAAGUCAACACAGUUCCCUUAUUGCAGGAUAUGUUUCACCGAAGCAAAGAAGUUUUCGUUCCAACGUACAACCGAACCGCAAUGAGAAUGGUAAAAAUUAACGAUAUGGUCGAUUACGACAGACUUCCGACGACCAGCUGGAAUAUCAAGCAACCAAACUUCGGCGACAACAGUCGAGAAGAUUGUCUGGCAACAGGACUAGAUAUGAUCAUUUUACCCGGAGUGGGGUUCACUCGGAGUGGUCAUCGACUGGGUCACGGCGGAGGCUAUUACGAUCGCUUUCUUCUCGAAUACUUCAAAAAGUUUCCAAAUGCUUCGGAUAAUCGCAAAACUUACCUGGUUGGCGUAGCUUUCCGCGAGCAAAUCGUUCCUGAAGAUCAACUACCAAUCGCGGAACAUGACUUCCCACUGGACAUGGUUAUCUGGCCAGACGAAGCGAACUUCAAGUAGACACCAGCAGGAUAAUGUAUGAAAACGCUUUCUUUAAGUUUAAUAAAACAAAUUCAGUUCGUA